UUGAAAAUCUCUCUCCACUUUCGUUUCCCUCCUCUCUCUCUCUCUCUCUAGAUUCUGAUUUUCUUGCCGACCGCCAUUAAUCGGAAACUCUCCUUUUUCCCUGUUCUUCGCAGAUUCUUCAUUCCCUCAAUCUCUCCCGAUCACUCAAAUGCAAGAUAUCUUUGCUUCUGUUCGCCGAUCAUUGGUGUUUCGUGCUCCUGUUGAGAAUGAGGAUUCGCAUUCUCCUGCAAUUGGAGUUGGAGCCCUAGUUGAUAAGAUUAACUCCAGUAUUAGGAAGUCGAGAGUGUUUUCUAGGCACUCGCCAUCAUCGUCGGCUUAUCCUCCGAUUCUCAAGGAAACUGAGCCUCCGAUUCGAUGGCGCAAGGGCGAGUUGAUUGGCUGCGGCGCCUUUGGUCGGGUGUAUAUGGGCAUGAAUCUUGGCUCUGGCGAGCUUCUCGCUGUUAAACAGGUUCUGAUUGCUGCAAAUGGCGCUUCGAAGGAGAAAGCGCAGGCUCAUGUUAAGGAGCUUGAGGAAGAAGUGAAACUUCUCAAGGAUCUUUCUCAUCCAAAUAUUGUUAGAUAUUUGGGCACGGUUAGGGAGGAUGAUUCUGUAAAUAUAUUAUUGGAAUUUGUCCCUGGUGGAUCAAUAUCAUCUCUUUUGGGGAAAUUUGGAGCCUUCCCUGAAGCAGUUAUAAGAACAUAUACCAAACAGUUAUUACUGGGACUGGAAUACUUGCACAAGAAUGGUAUCAUGCACAGGGACAUUAAGGGGGCGAAUAUUCUUGUAGAUAACAAGGGAUGCAUUAAGCUUGCUGAUUUUGGUGCAUCGAAACAGGUUGUCGAGCUGGCUACAAUUUCAGGUGCAAAGUCUAUGAAGGGUACUCCAUAUUGGAUGGCUCCUGAAGUAAUUCUGCAGACUGGGCAUAGUUUCUCUGCGGAUAUAUGGAGUGUUGGAUGCACUGUUAUUGAGAUGGCUACAGGAAAGCCUCCUUGGAGCCAACAGUAUCAAGAGGUUGCUGCUCUUUUUCAUAUAGGCACAACAAAGUCUCAUCCACCAAUCCCUGAGCAGCUUUCUGUUGAAGCUAAAGAUUUUCUGUUGAAAUGUUUGCAGAAGGAACCCAACUUAAGACCAGCUGCAUCUGAACUCCUGAAGCAUCCUUUUGUUACUGGGGAGGACCCAGAAUCUCUACUUGUAUCACGUGAUGCAUGCACGGAGCCCUUGGAUACCCAUUCACUUUUAUAUACCUCAAACCUUGAAAUGAGCAAAACUCCAACGCAUCCUGGAUCAAGUGAUAUUUGUAAUUUGGAUAGUCUGAGCUGCUCAAAACUAUACACCGCAAACAAACUAGAAAAUGAUACGUGGGGAACAAACAGUGAUAAUGAAAUGUGUCAGGUUGAUGACAAUGAUGAUUUUAUGUUAGAUGAAGUAAAACUCAGGUCUUCUAUGACAUCUGGGAAUUUCAAGAGUUAUAACCCAAUCUGUGAGCCGUCGGAUGACGAGGACUGCAAAUUUGAUCAAAGUUCAGUAGUAAAGCAAGGAAGCGAUUUAGAUGAGCAAACUCUAGCACCUGGCAGCUGUUCUGAAGUUUUUGAUGAUGACCAAAACUUCUCAUUUCCUAGUGGACGAUCACUUUCUGAAGAUGAGGAUGAGCUUACUGAAUCAAAAAUUAAAGCAUUCUUGGAUAAGAAGGCUCUUGAAUUGAAGAAACUGCAGUCACCACUAUAUGAGGAGUUUUACAAUAGUUUGAAUGGAUCCUGCUCUCCAGUUUUUGUAGAGAGUAAACAAGAUGAAACUACUCCUAAAUACUUGAAAUUGCCCCCAAAAAGUCGGUCACCAAGUCGAAGUCCCGGUCAUCUAUCCCCAGCAUUCGAUGCCUUCGGCACUGGGACUCCAGGGAGUGAUAGCAGCAGCAGGGGUAAUGCAAAUGAUCAGAGGUCACAACUCAAUGAUUGGAAAGGACUUCUAGUUGAUGGUCAGCCAGAAGCUGGUAGUCCAAGCAGUAAACACUAUUCUGAAAUACAGAGGAAGUGGAAAGAAGAGCUUGAUCAAGAGCUCGAGAGGAAACGAGAGAUGAUGCGUCAAGCUGGCACGGGAGGCAAAACGUCAUCUCCAAAGGAUAAAGCCAUCAGCAGGCCGAGAGAGCGAACACGAUUUGCAUCUCCAUUCCGGGACGACGCGUCGGGUGCAGGGAGGGAAAACAGGAAAAAUUCAUCUCCCGAGGAAGUGAGGAAAGAUUAGCAUAGCUUCAAACUACUUCAGCUGAGUUUCUCUUCUCAUUUGUCCUUCCCUCUGCAGUCCUUGUGGAGUGUAUGAAGUGAAGAAGCCCCCUAACUGGGUAAGAAGCACGAUCAUGAUCAGAUUCUCAAUGAAAGGGGAAAAAAGAGGACAAAAUGAGGUAUUUGCUAAAUCACCUGUCUUUGUUCUUUGUUCUUUUAAAGGAUGCAUGUUUUACAAUUUUGUAUCCAGUGGUGAAUAGAGAAGUGUAUGAUUAUUAGUGUGUACAAUAUUAUAUGGUUUGAUGCUAUAAAAGUGGCACAGGUUUUCCUGUCCAA